CUUGUCAAAAAGUGAAUUUUUUUGUACUCUCGAAAGAAAUAUCUUCCUUAAAUUUGUUCUUCAUUGUUAAAAAUUAUUAAAAAAUCAUAAAAAUUUAAUUCGUUUCACCAAUAAAUCCCCAUCAUAAAUGAAUUCAAACAUUACCUCAAUCAACGAAAAAGGUUUCUAAUUGUGAAAAAUGAUUUUAAAUCACUAAACACGCCCCAAAUAAAAUUUAGUUUUUUUGCAUCCCCAAACAUUUUGCAAAUCACACAAAAAACAAAAGGGGUCUACUGUGCUACUGCUGGUGGCCUAAUAAUGAAGAAUAAUUCAGACGAAAUGCUAUCGUCAAUAAACAACUCCUUCGAACAGGAGGCACACGAUAUCGAUGGCAAUUACGAUGGACCCGAUUUAGAUUUCAUUUAUAGCGAUGUCGAUUCGUAUCAAAAUGAAAUUGCCGAACUUUAUAGUUACACAGAGUUUGGAGAGUUCCAAUUGAAUGUUAAGGCUUUUGAAGAUCAAAUGGAAAUGUACAAUCUGCCGCCAAAUUGGCAGAAACAAGAUUUUACUACACAAAAAUCAAUUAUAAUGAAGUUGAUUGAUCAAUUGGAAGUUUCCAAUCGAACAUUCCGCAUGCAAGCAGCUCGCUGCAUUCUUUAUUUAGCUCAGGGAUGUUGGGCAGAGGUUCAAUCGGACGAAGAGCAACACCAGAAUACGAGAGACAAUGUAAUUGUCCUCUAUGAGUUGGGUGUUUUUGCCUCGUUCAUUGAUCUCUUGAAUAUGGAGAUCGAUUCGGCUGCGUCGGCCGAUUGUGCGGCUAUAAAGAUCUCUAACGUUUCUUUGGCCGACUCCACAGAUUUGAGAGUCAUUCUGUCGGUGUUGUACAUCAUCACAGAAACAAUUCGCGACGAGAAAGAAAAAGAUUCUGAGGAUUAUAAGGCCAUUGCCGAAUCCUUUGUAAAUGAAAUCAAUAGUCCUUUUGGGGAUGAGUUGUUGUCUGUAAAGCUCCUCGGGAUGAUCACUCGCUUUUGCAGCGGAGCUGCUCCACAUUUUCCCAUGAAGAAGGUUCUCCUUCUUCUGUGGAAGAUCUCCCUGGUUGGUUUGGGAGGCAUGGAAGUCUUGAAGAAUCUCAAGAAUGAAUACAGAAUGCGCUGUGAUCUUCCUCCAAAUACCGAGGACACAAUGGAGAUAACAAAAUGCAUGCGUGCAAGUUCGCCACCAGCCACGGCAACCGACAUACUCGACAACCAAAAUAUUAAACGCAAUGUCCUUCGUCGUAGUUUGAUUAAACAGCGAUUCCUUGAUGAACAAGAGCAAAUGGAUAUGGAAUUGCAAUCGGGUGAGGGUGAAGAAGAUCUCACUCAAUAUUUUCGGCCAUUCGAUGAUCCAUCGAAUAAUGGCAGUAAUGUUGGUGUUGGUAAUAAUGGUUGCCCUGGGAAUAACCAGCGCAAUGAAAUGCCAAUUCAUAUUACAACUCGAUUACCAUGGACACCGAAGGUGCGACAAAAAGAUGUUGAUCAGUUUCUCGAUAUAUCGAGGAAUAAGUUCAUUGGCUAUUCGUUGAUUAAUGAUCAUGAGAGUUUGGCUGGGUUGCCACAACCUAUUCAUGAAGGCGUGAAUACGCUAAGAAAGCAUAUGUACACAAGUUUGGCUGAUAUACAAAUUAGGAAAGAAGAGGAAAUUGCUAGGAAUCCGAUAUCGACACAAGAAGAUGAGAUUCAGGUGACACCGGCGGAGAUUCUUUAUCAGGCUAUCCUGCCGAAUCUCCCUCAAUACAUGAUCGCCUUGCUGAAAGUCUUGCUGGCAGCAUCCCCAACAUCCAAAUCGAAAACUGAAAGCAUCAAUAUCAUGGCUGAUGUACUGCCAAAAGAGAUGCCUAUGACAUUGACCCAAUCUACUCGAUUGGCCUACGAUGUGAGCCGCCACAAAGAAAUCAUUGUCAAGGCAGUAUCAGCAAUAAUUCUGCUCUAUCUCAAGCAUUUCAAGAUCAAUCAUAUUUAUCAGUUUGAAUUCAUGUCACAGCACUUGGUAUUCGCCAAUUGCAUACCAUUAGUGUUGAAGUUCUUCAACCAAACCAUCACUGAAUAUGUUAGCUCAGAAAAUGCCAUUCCUUUGUUGGAUUUUCCAUCGUGUGUCAUUGGCGAACAACCAGAACUAACCUGUGGCGAAAGUGUGGUCUACGGUGAUAAUUCUUUGGCGUAUUCCUGGCGUAAUGUGUUCUCCUGCAUCAAUCUACUGCGUAUUCUCAACAAACUCAUCAAAUGGAAGCAUUCGCGGGUGAUGAUGCUGGUGGUGUUCAAAUCGGCACCUAUUCUAAAGAAAACCCUCAAAGUGCGUCACGCUAUGAUGCAGUUGUACGUCCUGAAGUUGCUUAAAAUGCAGACCAAGUACUUGGGUAGACAAUGGAGGAAAUCGAACAUGAAGACCAUGAGUGCAAUUUAUGCCAAAGUGCGACAUCGUUUGAACGACGAUUGGGCUUUCGGUAAUGACUUGGAGUCUCGUCCGUGGGAUUUCCAAGCAGAAGAGUGCACAUUGAGAGCGUGCGUUGAUCGUUUCAACUUACGUCGAUAUCCAGAGGCAAUGCAAAAGUGUGGCGCAGGCAGCAAUGGCAAUACAGCAAAUGCUGAAAAUGCAAUCAUGGGAAAUGGCAUGGGCGGGGGUGGCGGAAGCGAUCCAAAUACCGUAGGACAGAGUCAAUACAAUGAAGCCAAUGAUGGCGUGUUCCCCAACGAUGAAAUUCUAUCGCACGCUGAUUUUGCUUUCUUCGGUCACAGUGGAUGGUGGGACAAGAAGAUCGAACUGACGGAUAACUUCAAGUCGAACUACACUUUGUGGCUGCAGGAUGAAGUGUAUAAUACUCAAAUUGACUGGGACGCAAUUUAAAAAUGAAAUAUAUGUAGAUCCUGCUUGUUUCGAUUAUAGUAACACACGCAUUCUUCAUACGCCACCAUUAAUCUUCCCCCACUGUUACCCGAAUCCACAGUGAUGUAGGCUUUUAAGUUUAUAUCUUUCCCUGACGCUGCUCGAUGUGCAAAUGCACUUUGUUUCUGUUUUAUUUAUUUGAUGGUAUUUUUUUGCGAUCGUUCAUAGUUGCUUGACUUUUUUUUAUGUUGGUCCUUCCUUCCUCUUCUUCUGCCCUCUCAACUUUUCCGGUGAUUGUUUAUGCCUGUUUCUCAUAUUAUUGUAGCUUAAAUCCAUAAGCUUACAUCAUUUCAAAAUAUAUAGUUCAUUAAUAGCGAAGUU